AUGUGCCACCCCCACCCAAACGAAACCCAUGUCCCGCACUUAGGGCUCCGUCCUACAAUUACCCCGCCGACCUCUUUCUCUCCUUCCACUCCCGUCCCCUCCCACACUCAGCAAAUCGUCCCCCCUCCCUUCCCCCGCCCCCCCGCUGCCCAUCUGUUCCCUACACACUCUCUCAGCCUCCUGUCCCGCUCUCCUCCUCCACCCCCUCUCUUCCUAACCAUCUUCCGCUGCCGCAUUUCGUCCGCCGUUCAACCUCGCACACAAUGGGCUGCUUCCAAUCCACCGUCAAGAAGACCGCCGACGCCGCAAAGGAUACCACCGCCGCCGCCGGUGAUGCCGCAAAGACCGGCGCGUCUGCCACGAAGGAUGCGUCGGGCAAUGUCGCCACCAAGACCACUGACACCGCCACUACUGGCGUGAGCAAAACUACCGACACCCUCCACAAAGUCGACGACAAGCUCGGUGUCUCCAACAAGGCCUCCGCCGCCGUAGACGCCACAAAGGAAGCAACCCAAAAGGUAGCCACUACGGCUCAGGACGCCACGCAUACCGCCGUCGACAAGACUAAGAACGCUGUCGGUGCCGGCCACACAUCCACUACCACGUCCUCUAUUCCCCCUCCGCCGCCGGCCCCGCCGGCUCCGAUUGGCACCACCGCCCAGUAGUAACUCUCGUAUUGCCCCGCUCGUCUGCAUCUUGUUACCUAUCUGGCGGCUUGCUACUUUUGAUGUCCUUGUUCUUCAAUAUUCUCCUCCCAGAUAGGCAUAAUGUCCACAUCUCGACACGAAGUCGCAUUUUCGACACGACUCUUUCGCUAGAUACUCUCCCGUCCGGUUUUUGUUCCUGGUCCUGAAUUCAGUCCUGGUAAAAUUAACCUGUGUCCAUAUCACACACUUAG